AUGGUUGAAAGAGCAGUGCUUGACCUCAACCAGCGGGACUUGUGGCAAGGCCAAAACCUGGAUGCCAACUCAUUAUUGGCGUUGCGGUGUGUCUCACAGGAGCAGGCCAUGGACCUCCUGGGCGCAUUGUAUUCCAAAGGCACAGGAAAGGGUGGAGUGAACAUCUCCAGUCCCAACAACUAUCUACAGGCCGCUGUUGCAAAGAUUUUGCGGGACGGUGCUUCCAAUGGAAUGAACUUCACUGGCAACCAGACAAGGCAGAAGGCGACAGAGCUUGGGCUGUCUUUGGAGGAUACCACGCUUCAAGUGCUGUCGCGGCUCCCUCUGCGCAUUUCCGUCAAGAUGCUGGAGUCGGCUGCGACGGCACAGACGGAAGGAGCAGAUCCAAACCUGGCAGUGCUGGAGCAGGCUAGCCAUUUCGAGCAACAUCUCCAGGAUUCUCAGCAAGAAGAGGAGAUGCCGCGGAAGCGACCUCGAGAAGCCUGA